UAACUACUUAAUAUCAAAGUAAAGUAUCAUAUCUCAUUUUACGUUAUAACUAGAGGAAAAUACAGUAUACCUUUUAUUAAAACAAUAUUUUAAUUUGAAAAUGAAAAUCCUCAUCACAAUUUCUACAUUAGUGCUUGUUGUAUUUGGAAACAUCAGUUGCCAGAGUAUCGAUGCAUGGAUUAAGGACCUGCCGGAACGUAUCAGAAACCUGAUCAGAUACGGAGAUGUUGACAACGGAAUACCAGUCUUAGAUCCUUACGAGUUUCAUAAGAAGCAACUGAGCUUAGCCUCUAAAACGCUAACUGCCAACGUAAAUAUAACUAAUGGAACAUUCACCGGAUUAGGAGACUUCAAACUACAAGAAUUUAACUUUACUAAAAGCGAGAUCGCCAUUGAAGUUAACAUAACUAUUCCUUUACUAAAAUUUAGUUCAGAAUAUUAUGAGUUAGAUGGAAAUAUUAAGGAAGCCAUACCUGUGAAGGGGCGAGGAAUAGCCGAUAUCGAAAUACAUAACGUUUUGCUGAAAGGGAAAAUAUAUUUGAAAGAGUCUUCAGAUAGUAAUUCCAUCUUGAUUGAUAAGAUUGACGACCCUCAGUUCGCUAUAGAACGUAUUGUGUCUCGAACACAGUUCGACAAUAACAUAGAUGACGUCAUCAACGCCAUGGUGCAAGAUCUCCUGGCUGACUACCUGACGCGUUUCAACAAGUUCAUAGCCAGUUUAUACGUGGACAGCAUCGUGGAACAUCUGAAUCGUAUCUUGGACAAGUUCGAUAACUGGAAUGUCACACCAACACCAUAUUACUAAACGAUUAAAUACAUAG